AUUUCUGAAGAUGAUUCAUAUGUCAGUGACAUAAGUGACAACCUUUCCUUAGACAAUCUCAGUAAUGAUUUGGAUAAUGAGAGACAAACUUUGGGGCCAGUGAUCGAUAGUGGCGGGGAAGCCAAGUCCAAAAGAAGGACGUGCCUGCCAGCGCCGUGCCCCAAGUCCAGUAACGUCAGCUUGUGGAACAUCCUGAGAAACAACAUCGGGAAGGACCUGUCUAAGGUGGCCAUGCCGGUGGAGCUCAAUGAGCCCCUCAACACGCUGCAGAGGCUCUGCGAGGAGCUGGAAUACUGUGAGCUCCUGGACAAGGCCGCCCAGCUGCCCAGCGCCCUGGAGAGGAUGGUGUACGUGGCAGCCUUUGCCGUGUCUGCAUAUGCGUCUAGCUACUUCCGUGCUGGGAGUAAGCCUUUUAAUCCAGUCCUUGGAGAAACAUAUGAGUGUAUUCGUGAGGACAAGGGCUUCCGGUUUUUUUCAGAACAGGUCAGCCACCAUCCUCCUAUCUCUGCAUGUCAUGCUGAGUCUGCAAAUUUUGUUUUCUGGCAAGAUGUGAGAUGGAAAAACAAAUUCUGGGGCAAAUCCAUGGAAAUCGUUCCCAUUGGCACAACCCAUGUGACUCUGCCAGUUUUUGGAGAUCAUUUUGAGUGGAACAAAGUGACUUCUUGCAUCCACAACAUCUUAAGUGGGCAGAGGUGGAUCGAGCACUAUGGAGAGAUUGUCAUCAAGAACCUGAAUGAUGAUUCCUGCCACUGCAAAGUGAACUUUAUAAAGGCAAAAUACUGGAGCACUAACGCCCAUGAGAUUGAAGGUACAGUGUUUGACCAGAGUGGAAAAGCAGUACAUCGGCUCUUUGGCAAAUGGCACGAGAGCAUCUACUGCGGCGGCUCCUCCUCAUCGGCUUGCAUCUGGAGAGCGAAUCCCAUGCCAAAAGGCUAUGAGCAAUAUUAUGGCUUCACACAGUUUGCACUAGAAUUAAAUGAAAUGGAUCCAUUGUUAAAGUCUUUAUUACCACCUACUGACACUCGAUUCAGACCAGAUCAAAGGUUUCUAGAAGAAGGGAACUUAGAAGAAGCUGAAAUACAAAAGCAGAGGAUUGAACAGCUGCAGAGAGAAAGGCGGCGGGUCUUAGAAGAAAAUAAGGUGGAGCACCAGCCGAGGUUUUUCAGGAAAUCCAUUGAUGACUCUUGGGUGAGCAACGGCACCUAUUUGGAACUUAGGAAAGAUUUUGGUUUUUCCAAACUGGACCAUCCUGUCUUGUGGUGAAAGAGGAAAGAACAAGACAUCUUUGUGCUUCUCCUGCGUUUGCUUUCUGAAGCCACCAUCUUGUGUCUAUUUAAACAAUAUUAUCUAGAAUGAUCAUUUGUGCUUCUUAGCUUAGCGUUGUAAGUAUUUAAGUAUAUAUUUUCUUCAGUAGGUUUCUUUACAAUUUCAAAUGUUAUCAUGAUUGUUUAUAUGAAUGUAGAACACCUUGAUAUUUCUUUUUAUAUAUAAACUAUUUAAUAAAAAUAAAAGAUUGAAUGUUAAUGUGUGGGUAAAAAAAGAAACUUUAACACUAAUUUUCCAAAGGUUAGGAAAAUUCUAAUUAAAUUUAUGCCUUAUAGAAUAGGUUGGAAAGAAAACCCAUCUCUCCCAGGUGCAUUAAGAAAAAAGAAUACCUAGGGUUACUCACCCAUGCAUAAGCUACCCAGGUUUAUUUUGGUAGCUCAGGUAUAUUUUUGCCUCAGACAGCUUUCGAAUUGCUCACACGGAACAAUUCUGCUGAUGCUGGAGUCUGAAGAAUACUCGUAUUUGCAUUUCAGUGACUGGAGAGAAUGGAAUAAGAUUAGUGAGAUGUAUGUUUUUUUAUAAGAUGGGUGUGGUACCUUCUCGAAGAAGGAAACAUUUGAAGUCAUCUCUCCCUCUAGUUUCAUUGCCUAUGUGCAAAAUCAUACAGAGUUGAUAAUUUGAGAAAUCCCUGUUUAUUUAUUGUCAUAAUGAGGUUCCAGGCAGACAGUAGGAAAUUUCUCCUUAAAUUCAUUACAAGUUAAAAAAAACUGUUUUCUCUUCCUACUCCACCCCAACUUCCCCCACUAUUUGCCCACAUCUCUGUUGAGUGUGAAAUGACCCAAUUUAGUGUUAAAAUACACAGGGCAUUCCACAUGGCAGUUUGACUUUCCAGAAGUUUAAUAAAGUAGUGGAUUGUUUUAAGUAACUCAACACAUUUUCCUUAAGUACUGUUUUGGUAUUUUCUACCUCUUAAUAAGCAAUGUAUUUUAGGUCUUGUAUUAAAAAGUUUGACCAUCUGCCUUAUGGAAAAAUGUAGAGAAUUGAGUUCUUCCUUUGUGCUGUGUUCUGAUAAAGCUUUAAAUGUCUUCUUAUCCCCUUCCUACACUUUCUUUUUAACUCAUAUCACUCAUUUGUGAGUUUUGCAGCAGUCUUGAAUGAUACAGAUUAUAACUACCAAAAAGAGAAACUUUGCCUUUUUAAAUGUUAUUGCCAAUUACAAUAAUAAAAUAUGUGCAGUAGUUGAAUUCUGUGAUCAAAGCAGUUCCAAUUUCUGCCCAUAUUACUUUAAAACCAAAGCUUGAAUUUUAAGCAUUUUCCUGUAAAGUCCAUAACAAUCCUAUGGGAUAUCAAUAAAAUGAUGUGGUAAAAAAUAAAUUUCUCCAGAAAACAUUUUUAGAUAUUUAAAUAACAUCAAAGAGUGCUAUGAGUGAAAAAUCAAAUAAGUAAUGGAAAAAAAGAUUUACUGUUUUUCAGUGUCACACAAACAACUAGUUAGAGAGUAUUCCAUUUUCAAAAUAGAGUUAAAGUGGAUCAGUAGCCUUUUGGAAUCUGCAAGUGACUAGCAUUUUAAAAUAAUAUGCAAUUCAUUAAAUAUUGCUUUCAUCCAUUCCAUUUUAUCAAGAUGUCAAGAUGAACACAGUGAGAAUAUCAUUUCCAUUCCUAAUGGAAAUGAUCAAAUUCUUUGGUAUGGGCUUUGUUCUUUUCUUUUCAAGCUUGUAUCUGAAUUCUGCUCACAGACAGGAAGAAGAGGCCUGUGGAUUUUAAGGGUACUCCAGGGGAAAACAAAUCUCAUUUUCACAGUGUGAAGGUAAAUGUAGAACUUGAGUAAUACUGACUGCGGCAGAGGUUGGCUCAAAACAAGAACAAAACAUGCAACCUGAAUGGAUGUAGCUUUGUCAUGCGGUCUUUGGCAAGUCUUUAAUUGUCCCAGUGCUGCUAUUUCAAUUGAUCUUAUGGUUCAUUUUGUAAUCACAAGGAUCAGGGGACCAAACAUCACCUUUGUAGUCAUUUGAGAUGGGAGUGUGGAUGAAUUUGAAUAUGUAUGCCAAUUUUAAAACCUAUUAGUACCCACCUCUAUAAAGGGUUUUUCUGACAUUUAAAUGGCUUGGUGAUACAUCCUAUUAUAAUCAUCAAAUUCCCUUGAGGGGGAUACAGCUCUUUUUUCCUUCAAUCUCUAUUCUCAAAAGCACCUUCUCAACCUAAUUUGUAUCUCAAGGACAUUUUAUAUUCUUAAGAGGAAGGAAGCAGAAACAUGGCAUUGUUUGAGAACUGAGGCAGAGUUGACUUUUCCAGAUUUUGAAUCUCCCAAUUACAUAAUGCCAAUCCCUUCAUCGCUGAAGGUACACGUUGUCAUCUCGAUUUUAUUCCUGGUCAUCCCAUCCCAAACGUACGGUGAACUGCACAGCUGUUCUUGGAAAUGAGACUAUGUGCAGUGCAGUUUCCCACGUUACACUGCAGGUGAUGUGAUGCUGUCGCCCCUGCUGGCUGUCCCAAGCUGCAAGAGCUGCUUUUUAGGAAGGGGCCACAGUCUCCUACGUAGCCAGGCAGAUCAUUCCCUCCCCAGGUCCCAAAGCCUAGGAUGGUAUUUCCUGGAGUCAAAUGUAAUAAUCAAAGUCUCAGUGCGGCUUCUUUCUCCAUGCCAUUCACCUCCUAGAGGCCAGGCUGGUUCUGGUACUAACAGACAAGAGUUCACUUUAGGACAACUGUCGUUAUCCCCACAGAAUGCCCAGACAGCCCCCAAGGCCUCAUGUGCUUCCUCUGGGACUCUCUGGGAGAGAAAAAUAGACAAACCACUAAAAAAAAAAAAUUUACUUCAUUUGGGCUGCUGCUUUUCUCACUAUUUUUAAUUACUCCCAGUAAAUCAUUGACUUGGGCUUCAAGCACUGUCCUUCUGUGUUUUCCAGAUUUAUGAUGAGUGACCUUGUCCUGCUAUUAACAAUGUCAACACUAAAAGAAAAAUAGUUUCUAUUUGAUUGUUGAAACUUGUUGUAGGUCUAAUCCUUAUUCUGUAGGUUAUAUUAUGCCUUCCAGCUAUCAUAGAAUUUCCUCAGACCUUUUAGUUAUGAAUAGAAGCAAUAAGCAGUUGUAUUGACAUAAUUUAUUUUAAUGUCUUUAAUUUUGAUAUUAACAUUGGCAUAACUCUAUUUUUGCUACCAAAUGAUAGCUACUUUCAUGUGCUCAAUUUUCCCUACAUUGUAUUAAUCUGUUGCUUGGUGUUUGUCUCUAUUUUUCUCUUUUGGAAAUAUAGACCAUAUAAGUAUCUGCAAAUUGCAGCAAUCUGAAAUGCAAACCAUUUUCAGGAACUUUGGUUUUGAGGAAUGCCAUGAUCAGAGGUUGUUAAUUUAUUUGUGAUGAUUUUAUCUUUGUCUCUUACCCUCAGAGGAUACUAUUUUUUUUUAACAGAUUUUGUAAAUCUCUCAUCUAACUGUUUAUAAGAUUAUUUUCUGUUUAAAAUUCCAAUCUUCCACCCAUCCACCCAGGCCUCCCCCAAAAGCUCUGACUAAUUUGCUUUUCCCCCACGUGUAGCUAAUUGACUGAAUAAAUAACAUGGAAAAAGGCU